AUGUUACCGAAGAAGAAGAAGAAACAGAGUGUAACAACAACAGAAGAUCACACUUCGCUCCUUUACCGUAGCAUGGAAGGUAAACAAGGUUUCUUCGAUGAACCCGAAUACGAAGUUUCUUCCAUCUUAUUGCAACUCUCGCACCCUGUCGUGUUCUCUUCCGACCCUCCUCUUUUUCAUAAAUGGGGUCGCACUAAGAAGAGGUCAUGUACCGUCUUCCUUCGUCCACCGAAGAUUUUGCCGCCGUGUGCGGAGGUCGCCGCCGAGAUGGGAAGUACUUCAAGUUCUUCGUGUUUAACCGGCGAUGCCAAGAAAACAUAUCCUCAAAGCGUUAAAAAAGGGUUUGAAGUAGAAUUGUCUACUACAAAUCAAAGGUCGAAGCUGAAGAUUACUUCUCAGACAAAAGCAUCAUCAUGUUCGGUUCUCGAGACGGAGACGGGUUUAAUUGGGGCGCAAGUUGGGUUACUACAAGCCCAGCCCAUUGGAGAAAACCUGCGUCAUCUACAACCGUUGAUUUACGCUGGUGAUGAUCCUACGGCCAACAAGAGAGAUAACUCGGAACUACGUGGCUUUGAUCUGAACCUUCCAGCGGAAGAAGAAGGUAACCUUAUAGCCACCACAAUGGUUGUUGAUUUUCAGAGUGUAGCUAACAAAGCUCAAGCCGCUGCUCAAGCAAGACAAAAAAGAUUAGGUUUAAUUAGAUCUAAGAAGCGUUUUAAUAGAUUUUUAUCUCCAUACCAAUUCAAGUAGGAAUGGGGAAUUAAAGAAGAAAA